UGGGUUGAUGAUACUAUCAGUUGGUUUGUAUCUACAGUUUGCAUUCACAAUGAACUAAAAACGUAUUUCUCUCUUGUAAUGCACAUGUGUCUGUGUUGUCAUUGAUUUCAGGUUCCCUUUCCAUCAGUUCUUCAAAGGCCUGCUACACACUCACGUUUUGUCAGUAAAAACAAAGCCUGCAAACACUAUACAAGAGAUGUUGUGUGCUUGCCUUUUUCUUCAGCAUCAACAAUCCGCAUUCCAAGGGGAGACACAAGAGCAAAUUUAGCACAAGAUGGCCUUAUUGGGAAGAUCUCCUUUACAUCUGACUGGUCUGAAGCCCAACUUAAAGAAGAAAUGACUGCCAUUUUCAGAAGAACGUUUUCAUUGUCUAUGGGCCAGUCAUUCCCAUUUGAGUAUUUGAGUACAGUCAAGGGAUGCAAAAGACUAAUGAAACCAAACGUCUCGAGCAAUUUUCUGUGGGGUGGAAAAUAAGUUGCCUCGAUUAGUUCAGCCACUUGUCUCUAUAUAAUGGCAUUAAUACGCAAACCUGUACAGGAGGAACCUGAGGAACUCUCUGAUAGUGACUUUGAAAGUCCUGUGGGCUGGAGAAGGAGAGGUCAUACAGUGUCACCUUCCACAAGUGAAAGUGAGCUCAUCAGUCAAGGGAGUGAAAAUGACAGACUGCAAGAAAGUCCAUCGCGUCAAAGAAGAAUGCGGAGUACAGUGCCUUCAUCACCGAGGGAAAGUGAGGCCAGAUGUCAGGAGACAGAGAGCAGCAAUCAAGAGAGUGAAAGUCAGGGCCAGGCAGGGGAACUGAGACAAGUGUUUCCUUAUAAUGUGGCAGAAUUUGUCCCUGUUUAUCUGGAGGAAGAUGAGGCUCUUGAAGAGGCAAUACAGCGUAGUCUACUAGAAGAGUGUGAUAGACCUGCUGUUAAUACUUUAAAGUCAUCUGAAAUGCUGAGCAAAGAAGAAAUUGCAGGCCUUCUACAAGCUCACAGUGAGAGAGUUAUUACAUUGGGAACAAGACAGAUCUAUAUCAGUCGAGCCAAUGUUUGGACCACAGCCUUACGUGUGUUUAAGAGACCUGGUUUUGCAGAAAGCUGUGACAGGCUCUAUGUUACAUUUGCAAGCGAUGAGCAUGAUGCUGGGGAAGAUGCUGCUGACGUUGGGGGUCCCAGACGAGAGUUUUUCCGCUUACUGGUGAAGGCUAUCUUCCAGGACAGUGGCGCUUUUGAAGACUGA